UAAUGGGCGGUAGUUUUGAAAAAGAGAAUGAGCUUUUCUUAGUUGUGAUAAUGUCGACGUUGAGUGCCUUCGGCAAACUCCCAACACUUCAUUCUGCGACCAUUUUGUUGGUGGGAACAAAUGAUGUUUUUCAGCAGCAACUAGCAGAAACUAUACUUAAAGAAAAACAAGAUUUGAAAAUAAAUAUCCAUUUGACAGCCUCUCUUCCUUUACCUGUGGAGAGAAACCACAUCCGACCAAGGAUUGAUUUGAUUGUCUUUAUGAUUAAUGUUCAAAGCAAAUACAGUUUUGAAGAUAUAGAAGCUUCCCUUACACAUGUAGAUGCAAACUUUUUCCUUGGAAAAGUGUGCCUUCUGGUUACUGGUGUAGGUAGAAUGAAUAAAAUCAGUGUGGAAAUGGAUGCUGUCUGGAAGCUAGCAGAUCGUUACUGUAGCCCUGUCUUGUUCUGUGAGCUUGAAUGUGAAAAAGUCAGAACUGUCACAGCUCAGAGACUUCUCCGGAUGUUACAAAUAUGCGCUGGUCAUGUAUCAGGGAUGUCUUCCCUUUCUUUCAGUUCUUUAAUGAAAUGCUCCAUUGAAGACUCAAGUUAUUUGGCAUAAACCAUCAUUGUAUUUUCCAGUACUAUUAUCUAUGAUUUCUGAGUGGACUGAACAUAAAUAUCACUGUCAGAAAUAAAUCUUACCUACUAUUUUUUCAUAUGGGAUAGACUUUCCAAAUAGACUUCAGAUGUCUUAAAGGAGCCAAAUUAGCCUGGACUUGUCAGGAAUUAUGAUACCUCCUCCUCAAAGCCUAAUUCUCAAGUAUACAGCAGUCAAUCAAAAUAGUUGGCAUAUAAACACAGGUAUAAUACAUGAAAACUGUGGUGUUUCCAGAGUGAAUUUCUAGAACAAGUUUCUUAAUGCCAUUUGCAUACAGAUAAAUAUCUCCAGUGUCUUCAGGAUCUUCAUGAAGAAAACUGUUUCUCACAGAUCUGUAUAUCAAGCAAAAUGGAAGCCCUGCAAGUUGCAGCACAUAGAACAUGUAUUAUUCUGAGAAGAACCUCAGUGACAGGCUGGGCAAAA